AUGAUGAACAACCGCAAUAGAGAAACCGAACAAUCAAUUGCAGAUUCAAAGCCUUUACGACUUCUAUCGCGAAAAUACUCUGAAGUUCCAAAACAACCUUUCAUCCGAUCCUUCGCUUCCCCAAUUGCUUUUAAAAGAGCGAGUUUAGUAGAUAUGUUACAAGCUACUGCAAAAGAUAAUAAAAUUUCAAAGUAUUUUCAAAAUCAAAUGGAUCCUUCUCAGAUUUUUUCUGCGGAGAGGUUACUCAAAUGUAUUAUGGACGACAAUUGUAACAAACUACGUUGCAUGCUAAAAAAUGUUAAUGUAGCAUUAAUUCUUCAACGGUCUAAAACAGUUUUACACGAAGCAGCUUAUAACGCCUGUAUAAACUGCGUAACGAUACUAAUUAAAUAUGGUUUCCCGUGCCAUACAACGGAUUUAGAGGGAUGGACUCCUCUUCAUGCUGCAGUAUUGGCGGGAAAUACAUUAGUCGUAAAAUAUCUUAUUUCAAUACAAAAAAAUGUUGAUAUGAUCAAUUUAAAUGGAAUAUCUCCACUUCACGUUGCAGUUUAUAAAGAUAACUUACUACUUGUACAUUUAUUAGUUCAGUCGUCGGGAGACAUGUUUUUAAAUGGAAAAAUAAUGACUCCGUUUCAAUUAGCGAUUGACAUGAAACGCAGCGCGAUACUAGAUUACUUCAUUUUGUCAACAACAAAUUAUUUUAAUACCAUUAAACUUACAUGA